UCAUUUGUUUUACAUAUUCUUUAAAUGCACGCGAGAAGGGAAACGAAUGACGACGAUAGAUUUAUUUUGGGGGGUGAUCCGUCCUCAGUUUAGUCCAUUUCCGCUCUACAUAGGUGUUCUUCCUGGUUGUUGAUUCCUAUGUGAAAGUAGCAACAUUUCGGCCAUGAGCAAGUUCCAGUAGAAUGCACGCGACGAUUGGAAAAUCGCUCGAUAGCGUUAAAUCUAUGUAACGUUAGAAGCGCGCGCGCGCGCUCUUUUUUGCUUUCAACGCAUCUCAUUUUGCGCUGGAGGAUCCAUGCAAUGCAAUAUUCAUUAUGAUUAAGUCCAAAAUGCCCGAAUGCUGUGCCGCAGCAAACUGCAAGCAGAGAGCGGACCAGUCCAACGUUUCCUUCUUUAGUUUCCCGCUGGAUCCUGAUCGAUGUAAACAAUGGGUGGGUAACUGCCACAGACCAGAUUUGGUGACCAAAACAGCUGAAGAUUUACACAGGAACUAUAAACUGUGCUCAAAACAUUUUGAGACAGCAGUGAUAUGUCAGCAAGGUGAUCUUAAGUCUGUUUUGAAGGAUGAUGCCAUUCCUACUAUAUUUGAUUUCGCAUCUAACCAAGGCAAAACUCAAACUAGCAACAGAAAAAGGACAAGGGAGAAAGUCUCUACAGGAGAUGGGCCAAUUGUCACAAAGAAAACUAAAGGUGCCACUGAUAACUCAAACCCCUCUGUGACGGAGGCGGAAGUUAAAGUUGAGAGUGACUCAGCAGAGAACAUUGAAGCUCAAAAUCCUCCUGCACAGGAUGAAUCAGAGGAGGAUCCUGCUAUUUCCAAAGCGAAGGAAACUUUGAAAGACUACUUCAAAGAGACGUUAGCCUUCACUGGUUUCAGCAUCGCCAACAAUGCAUCUCUUAACUCGGUUAAGCCUUUGGGGAAUGACCCAGCUGGGCCGCUUUCAGUCAAUACCGUAUGUGCGGAGAAGAUCGACCAAAAAGAAGUGCUCAACUUGGGCGAAGAUGUGAUGCGUGAGGAGAUCCGCAAUAGCCUGCGCCUUGCACGCUUCUUUUCCAUACUUCUCCUGGACAAAAUAAACAUUGAGGGCAAGGAUCAGAUUCCUUUGUUCAUCCGCUCUGUCACAGGUGAAGGCUUCCCACAGAAACACCUCAUGGGAUUCCUUCCCUGUGACGUCGACUCUGACAGUCUGUUCCUAAUGCUCAUAUCCGAGGCCCGCAACAAGUGGGGCCUUCGGAUGGAGCACUGCCGUGGCUUCACCUACCUGUCAUCAGGUAGCAUGUGUCAGAAGCUGAAGGAUCUCGCCUGCAGGAUGUUGCGGGAUUUUCCACAGGUAGUUUUGUCCCCCAGUGAGCCCUACGCCUUCAACAUGUGGUUGAUUCGCUCCAUGCCUAUCCUUCCAAUUCAAGAUGUUGUUGAUACUGUAGAGCAGGUCGCUUCAGUUAUUAGGCAAUCAGAAACUCUGGCGAAGAAGCUUGAUACCAAGAUCACCGCUUCAUACAGCCACAUCAAAGGUGAGGUGGACCGAGUCAAGGAUUCUUGCCAGAACCACUGGGAAUAUGGCACAGAUGCUUUCCAGACAAUGCUUGAUAUCCUGGAGCCGCUUUUGAGCAGCAUUGGAGAGAUGUGCACCAGUGCCCUUUCAGAUGUGGAUGCAGACACUGUCGAAGGGCUUCUGAAGCUGAAAGAGAAACUGAAGAACUUUAAUUUCAUCAUCACUCUUGUGGUCUUGAAAAACACUCUGUGUUGUGUGAGCAUCCUGAACCCCAGCCUCAGGGGAAUAAUCAGCAUCAGCAGCACUUUACAGUACACCAUCUCAAACGCCUUAAAGCUUCUCACCAAACACAUGCAGGAGAUUGACAUCUUUCACAGGAAGUGGUUCUCCGACGCAUUGGGCAGAGCCAAGAAGUUGGGGGUGUCUGUCAAUUUGCCGGCGGAGAUGGUGACAAACGGGGAUGGAACGGAGAAACCACAAGUUUCGUUGGAGGAUUACUACAGGGAAGCACUGAGCAAGAAGGUUUUGCAAUACCUUGUUGAAGAAGUCAAAAGAGUCCUUGGCACUGAAAUGGCAAGAAUCCUCAGAUGGUUGUCAUUGGUGCCCUCAUAUAUGGCUGACCACAAUUUUAGCAUCCGCAAAGACAAAGUCGCUGACGCUAACCUGAAUAACUUGGCUCGUCCUGACUCCUUUUAUGAUGAGCUGGGCUGUUGGGAAGUGAAAUGGAGGCAUGCUAGCAAGCGAAGGAUUCUUCCCACUAGCGUGUUUGCGACACUCAAGAUCCCAGAUAUAGGCUUUUACCCAAAUGUACAGAGCCUGUUGAGAGUGCUGGGCACCAUCCCAUGUGUCCAUGCGGAUUCGGAUGUGUAUGGGCAGUACGACAUGGUUCUGGACCGGUAUCACACCUACAUGAAAGAAGUGCCAGUGGAAAAAAGACUGAGCAAUAUGGCCUUUGUUUAUGUCAAUCAAGACGUCCACUUUAGCAUUGAGGAAAUGGUUGAGGGGUAUGUAAAGAAAUAUCCGGAAAUCCUGCAGCUAUUACAGGAGGAUGAUGUAAUGGAAGUGCAACCAUCAGUUCCAGAAACCAGUGCAAAUGACGCUUCUAAAGAAGAUGCGGAAGAACAAAGAGAGAUGACCUUAAAUAUGGACGUCGAGAGACCGAAACCACCCGAGUGUUCAGAAACCGAUAAAGAGGCAUUAAAAUCUGCAUUACAGGCGGCUGUCUCUGCCGCAUAUAGCAGGCAAAGCAGACACACUCAGGGUGAUCAAGAUCAAGAAGUAGAAUACGUGACCAAAUCUGAGAUGAAUGAAGUCCUUAAAGUGUGUGAGGAUGUUGUUAGGGAUAGGAUUCUUUCAGAGGUCAGAAAUUCAUUCUUCUCCCUGUUUAUCGACAGAGUUGUCAGAUUUGGAGAGACUGACUACUUGCCCAUCUUCCUCAGAUUUGUUGACAGCUUCGAUGUCAUGCGGCUUGAGCUUAUGGGAUUUGUCGAGGUUACUCUCGACACCGAGGCCAUUUGCGAGCGACUUUAUGAUGUUGUCACCAAUGAGUGGAGUCUGGAUUUAAGCUACUGCAGAGGUCAAGCUUACCUUGGCUCUGGGGAAGUGUCCUACAAGCUCAAGGCUUUUGCUUGUAAAAUACAGGAGAAGUAUCCUCUCGCUAUAUGCACACAUUGCUCAUGUUACUCUUUCAAUACCUGGUGGUCAAGGUCGGUUCCAGUAGCCGCAGUCAUCAGAACCAUAGACACAUUAGAGGAGAUAGUGUCUUUUUUUCACAGCAUGCCUGCCCUUGAGAAACAGUUAGAUCAAGUCUUAGCCAUAGGCUUAAGAGAGAGCUAUGAGAAAAUCCAUGAGCUUCAAGGAAAAUUCUGCUCUUCUUGGCUUGAAAAGCAUGACUCUUACGAAGUCUUCGCUCAGAUUCUGGAGCCUCUGGCGCAUUGGCUAGAAAAUAUUGACAACUGUCAACCACAAAGAUGGAGUUUGGCGGUAUCCAACCGAGCCAAAAGACUACUUCAGUUAAUUCGGGACUUUGACUUCAUUGUGGCAAUCGUUGCGUUAAAGAAUGCCUCUUCCUUCACCAGAGAACUAAGUGCAGCGCUACAGAAAGACCAUUUUAGUGCUGCCUCGCAGCUCAGCCAGAUCAGUGGUAUUGUGGCCACACUUAACCGAGUGAAGACCAACAUCAAGGUUUUCCAUCAGAACUGGUUUGAUGAAGCUUGUUCUUUUGCUCAGAAUCUGGGUGUGCAGGUUAAAGUGCCUGAUAGUGUGAUUGUUCCGAGGGACAGCCUCUUGAAACCAGGUUCAUACUACAAAGAUGCAAUGAGCGUCCCGUUAGUUGACCACCUGAUAAACAUGGUGAAAGACUAUUUCUCUGAUGACCACAAGGAGGCUCUCAACUUAUUGUCCUUGGUCCCGUGCUCUGUGACGAUGAGCUAUGUUUUUGAAACUCUGAAGUCAAAACCUCCAUUGUACAUUGGUGACCUUCCAGAUCCUGACAAUUUCUUCACAGAGCUGAGCUGCUGGAAAGUGAAGUGGAAGACGAAAGUGGUUAGUGUAACCAUACCGGAGACCAUUUUUCAGACUCUGCGACUACCCCUUAUGCAGUACUUUACAAACAUCAAUACGUUGCUGAAGAUUAUGUGUGUGUUGCCAAGCACAGCCUUGGAAUAUUGUGGUGAGGUGAAGCGGCAUAAAAUGUAUCAGAACUACUUGAGCAACACCUCGCCCAUGGAUAGAUUGCCCUGUUUAGCCAUGCUUCAGAUCGGCACUGACUUUAACAGAGACCUGGACAGAAUGGUUGCUCAGUGCUUAAAGCUUACUCCGAAGACGCUGGAGGGUAUUUGCCUGGACAAAGAAUCCAAAACCUUAGGAAGGACUGCUGAAAUAAAAACAGAAGAUGACAUCCACAUGGAUGAAGUGGAGAACAGGGACACUCUGCAGGACAAAGACUCCAGAACACUAGUGGUGAAUUCUGAGAUAGCAGAAGCUGAUAUCCACAAAGAGGGAGCAGAGAGCAUAGAGACUCAGCAGCAGACUGAAAACGUAGCAGAAGUAGUUGCUGAGGACCAGCAUGUAAAGGUUAAAGAUGUGGAGCAGGUUGUGGAUGAGAAUGGACGUUCUGAUGAACCAACAGAUAACAUAAGGAACUGUGAAGAAGUCUUCAAACAGGCAGCCACACUUGCAAGGAGAAACUGCUCAUGGAUCGACCUUAACAAACCAGAGCAAGAUGCUGUUGCACAGAAACUUGCCUCAUGUCAUUGGGUACAGAAGGAAGGGACAUCAUUUUCAGAAGGAAAAAUGCUACAAAGUAUUGUGAAGGCCAUACGAGAAACAAUCCUCACUGAAGUUCAGGACUCUCCUUUCUUUUCCAUCAUCACCGAUAGAGCAAUCUCAGUGGGCACAGCAAAGUUCCUACCACUCUUUGUUAGAUAUGUAAAUCACUGCAUUCCUAAAGUGGAGCUCAUAGGUUUUCUGCCCUUUGAUGAAAGCUCUGAUCUCGAUUUGCAAGCUAAAACUCUUUCAACCACACUUGAGGAUGAGUGGGGACUUCAGAUGGGCUACUGUCGUGGCCAGUCCAUCAUGUGCAUUGGUACGGGGAGCCAAAGUCUCAGGAAGAUGGCUUUGGGCUUUUUAGAGAGCUAUCCGUUAGCGGUGAACACUCCCAGUGAGUCUUGUGGACUUGCCUACUGGCUGGCUUUAAGCCUACAGAAUUCCUACAUUACAAAGGUUUUGGAGACAGCUGAGGAUCUGCUACAGUUUUUUGACCAGUCACCCAAAUUGGAGAGUGAGCUUGCCAAAACCAUGGAUGGGCUUCUGAAUACCCCACGGGAAGCACUUGCAGAGAUCCCAGAGACCUGCUUGUCUAGAUGGAAAAAGAGGGAAGACUUUUUCGAUAUUCUGGUGGACAUGCUAGAGGGUGCCCUGAAUUGUUUAGAUUCUGUGAGCACCAACUCCAGCGGGUCAUGGAGUAGUAGCAUGUCACUGCAUUCUCAGACGCUGUGCACAGCUAUUAGACGGGUCGAUUUUGUCAUUCCCUUAGUGAUCUUGAAGAACGCCUGCGCUCCCUUGAGGAACUGCAGCACUGUGUUUCGAUGCGGAAACCCGGCUGACAUUAUUUGUGAGCUUGAGAAGAUCAUGCCAAUAAUAGAUUCUCUUAGCAAAAUGUUGGACAAUGUGAGUGCGGUACAUUCUACCUGGUUUGAGGAGGCUGUGGAGCUUUCGACUAAGGUUACAGGAUUGCUGUCAUAUCCAGAAUCUGUUAGUAGCUAUGAUUCACCCGAAGCGUUCUACUUGGAGGCAGUUAGCUUACCAGUUCUAAAUGGUUUGAUUGAAGAAAUGAAGUUUAACUUCUCUGAGAAUCACCUAAAAGCCCUGAAAGUUUUGUCCCUUCUGCCAACGUGCAACCCUCUUCCCAUUCUCCCAGAAUCCACAGAUAAACUGCACACAAUAUACCUGAGUGAUCUCCCUGAGCCAGAAACAGUUGAAGAAGACAUAAACACCUGGGCCACAGUAUGGAGGGAGAAAUAUCAAGAUGUUUGUCCUCCCACCUCCAUCUCUGAGACUUUGCUCCAUAAUGAAGCCAAAAACCUUCCAAACAUUGCUACCCUUCUUAAGCUUGUGGCUGUGCUGCCUAGCAUUAGCAUGGAGUGUGAUCUAAUGAAGACAACCCUAAAUACCUUCAGGACCUUGCUUAGAGAUGGUAUCUUCAGCGGAGGUAGCAAGACUGAUGCAGUCAUGCUUCUUAUGCAUCGCCAGACACUACAGAGCCUGGAGGAGGUGAUUGAGAAAUGCGUGGAUGGUGAUCCAGAAAGUCAACAAUUUCUUGCUCAGGUAAAAGCAAGAGUUAAUCACCUGAGAAUGGAAGGCGAGGUGAUUGCCAUGGCUCCACAGGAGAUGGCUGUGGAUACAAAUGGUUCUGGUUAUCCACAAGAGGCAAAGGAUGCUGAAACCGAUGUUAAAACUGUUGCUCCUGAGGAAAUUCCAGUACAAACCAGUGAAAAAGAAAGGGCUGAAGAAAUACCCAUCAUAAGUGCACCUGACCAGCCAUCAUGUGUAAUGCCCAUCAGUUCAGACAAAACUUCAGCUCAAGUCAUCCCUGCUUGCAGCUCUCUGCCAACCAGCACAACUGACCAACCAACAGAAUCUGUCCAUGAUGUAACUGCGCAGUCUAAUAAAGACCGGCCAGUUAGCAUUGUUCAGUUAGCAUCGGUUGACCAAAGUGAAACUGAGCAACCCAUGGAAGUUGAUCAGUUUGUAGCAACAGAACCAAUUGAAACAGACAAGCCAGCAACAGAGAAACAAAGUGAUUCAUCUAUAAAUGCUCAAGAUGAAGGUUGUCACACAGUAGCAGAUGGUCAGUUAAUAUCAGAGGAUCAGACUGAAUCUUGUCAGCUCAUUGCAGUUGAUUACAGUGUAAAUAAUCAGAUGGUGUCCGUAGAUCAAAGUGAAACUGAUCAAGUCAUGGAAAUUGAUGAGAGUGGAAAUGAUACAGCUGCAGUUGAAGAUCAAGCUGGAAAUGACCGGACAGAAACUGGGGAACAACGUGUAGUUGAGCAGUUGACAGUUAGUCCAGUGGAAACUGAUCAGUCUACAGUAAAAGGUCAGGAUGAAGCUUGUCAGAUAGUUACAGAGAUAGACGAUGAAGGUAAAACUGGUCCGUUGAUACCAGGGGAUCAAAUUGAAUCUCAUGAAUUUGAAGCUGUUGAUUGCUCUCACAAUGAACCUUCUGCAGCAUCAGGUCAGGGUGAAACUGAUCAGUCAGAAACCAAAGAUCAGACUGUAAAUGAUCAGUUCAUGUCAGAUGGCCAACUUGGAAUUGAUCUGUCAGUAGUAGAAAGUCAAGAUGAGGCUGUUCAGAAAGAAACUGGGUUAGCAAAUGAAGGUGAGUUAAUACCAGGGGAUCAAAGUGAAUCUAAUCGGCUCAUUGUCGAUAAAUCUGGAAAUGAACAGUCCUUAACAGCGGAUCAAAGUGUAACGGGUCAGUCAGAAAUAGUAGAUCCAAGUGUAACUCAACAGAUCAUGGUAGUUGGUGAAGUUGAAAAGGAUCAUUCUGUAGUAGAGGGUGAAGAUGACACUGCUCAGAUAGAAACCAGGUUUGCAAGUGAAGGUGAGACUAGUCUGUUAGCAUCAGGAGAUCAAAGUGGAUCCGAUCAGCUCAUGGUAGUUGACUCUGGAACUGAACAGUCUUUACCAGCAGAUCAAAGUGUAAUGGGUCAAUCAGAAAUAGUAGAUCCAAGUGUAACUCAACAGAUCAUGGUAGUUGGUGAAGUUGAAAAGGAUCAUUCUGUAGUAGAGGGUCAAGAUGACACUGCUCAGAUAGAAACCAGGUUUCCAAGUGAAGGUGAGACUAGUCUGUUGGUAUCAGGAGAUCAAAGUGGAUCCGAUCAGCUCAUGGUAGUUGACUCAGGAAAUGAACAGUCUUUAACAGUAGAUCAAAGUGUAAGGGGUCAGUCAGAAAUGGUAGAUCCAAGUGUAACUCAACAGUUCAUGGUAGUUGGUCAAGUUGAAAAGGAUCAUUCUGUAGUAGAGGGUCAAGAUGACACUGCUCAGCUAGAAACCAGGUUUCCAAGAGAAGGUGAAACUAGUCUGUUAGUUUCAGGAGAUCAAAGUGGAUCCGAUCAGCUCAUGGUUGUUGACUCUGUAAAUGAACAGUCUUUAACAGCAGAUCAAAGUGUAACGGGUCAAUCAGAAAUAGUAGAUCCAAGUAUAACUCAUCAGUUCAUGGUAGUUGGUCAAGUUGAAAAGGAUCAUUCUGUAGUAGAGGGUCAAGAUGACGUUGCUCAGCUAGAAACCAGGUUUGCAAGUGAAGGUGAAACUAGUCUGUUAAAAUCAGGAGAUCAAAGUGGAUCCGAUCAGCUCAUGGUAGUUGACUCUGGAAAUGAACAGUCCUUAACAGCAGAUCAAAGUGUAACGAUUCAAUCAGAAAUAGUAGAUCCAAGUGUUACUCAUCAUUUUCAACUUGACCAAUUACCACAAACUGUUGAUUCUGUUGUAGAGGGUCAAGAUGACGCUACUCGGAUAGAAACCAGGUUUCCAAGUGAAGGGGAAACUAGUCAGUUAAUAUCAGGAGAUCAAAGUGGAUCCGAUCAGCUCAUGGUAGAUGACUCUGGAAAUGAACAGUCCUUAAUAGCAGAUCACAGUGUAACGGGUCAAUCAGAAAUGGUAGAUCCAAGUAUAACUCAUCAGUCCGUGGUAGUUGGUCAAGUUGAAAACGAUCAUUCUGUUGUAGAGGGUCAAGAUGACACUGCUCAGACAGAAAAUGGCUUUCCAAGUGAAGGUGAGACUAGUCUGUUAGUGUCAGGAGAUCAAAGUGGAUCCGAUCAGCUCAUGAUAGUUGACUCUGGAAAUGAUCCGUCUUUAACAGUAGAUCAAAGUGUAAGGGGUCAGUCAGAAAUGGUAGAUUCAAGCGUAACUGAACAGUUCAUGGUAAUCGGUCAAGUUGAAAAUGAUCAUUCUUUAGUAGAGGGUCAAGAUGAGGCUGCUCAGACAGAAAACGGGUUUCCAAGUGAAGGGGAAACUAGUCAGUUAGUAUCAGGGGAUCAAAGUAGAUCUGAUCAGCUCAUGGUAGAUGAUGACUCAGGAAAUGAUCAGUCUGGAACUGAAGAUCAAGAUGUAACCUGUCAGUCAGUGACAGAAGAUCAAAGUGUACCGGAUCAGUUCAUAGCAGUUGGUCAAGUUGAGUCAGAUCAGUCUAUAGUUGAUGGUAAAAGUGAAGCCGGUCAGACAGAAACUGCAUUUCCAAAUGAAGUUGGAACUAGUCAGUUAAUUUUGGGGGAUCAAUGUAGAUCAAUGCAGUUCAUGGUAGUUGACUCUGGAAAGGAUCAGUCUGUAAUAGCAGAUCAAGGUGGAAGUGGUCAGUCUAUGUUACCAAAUGAAGUUGGAACUAGUCAGCUGGUUUUGGGGAACAAUGUGGCUCUGAUCAGCUCAUGGUAGUCGAGUCUGGAAAUGACCAGUCUCUAACAGCAGAUCAAACUGUAACUGAUGCAUUUGUGGAAGAUGCAACUCAUCAGCCUAUAGUGGAAGAUCAAAGUGGGUCUGUGUUAGCAGAUAAUGUUGGAACUUGGCAGGUAGCAUCAGAGGAGCAAAGUGGAACUGAUCAACUUGUGGCAGAUGUGCCCCAUGGUAAUAAUCAGUCUGUAGCAGAAGCUCAAGGUGGAACCGUUCUUGCAACUGCAUUGAAUCAAAGUGUACCAGAUCAGUCUGUGGAACUUAGUCAAGUUGGAACUGACCAGAUAGUACCAGGGAAUCAAAGUGAAAUUGAUCAGUUUGGCCCUGACCAGCCUAAAGUAGCUGCAGAAGUUAGCACAAAUCAGUUCAAUUCAGCGGCUCCAAAUGGCUCAGGCCAAGAAACCGCGGCAGUACGCAUUUGCCUUUAUCAGCCAUCUGCAAUAACUCCAAGUGUUACUGACUGCUGCACACCUGUUUCCCCUGAAGACAUUACCGAUCAUGCCAUAGUAGCAGCAUCA